AUGGUUAACGUUGAGAGCAACAUUAAGUUCGCAGAAGACGCUACGGAAUGCCUGCAUCAUCAUCGAGAUGCCCAGCAAGACGAUGGUUCUUCCAUUACGCUCACUCUGGAUCCCCGCGCUGCGAUCGAGGCCGAAGACGCGACACCGGGUGCGGGUGGAGAGUUGGUAGUCCUUGAUGCAUCACAACAAGGUAUUACGAAAAGGCACGACUCAACCAUCUUCCAGAGCGGGGACUUUGAAGAAGAUGACUGCGCCCUUCAGGCUGCUCAGAACUGUACACAAAUUGUCGAGAUGCAGCAGAUGUCUUGCGCGUUUGCCAGAGAUGUACUAGACCAUCAGAGUCUGAAACCGACGUGGAGCUGGAAUGCGACCAAGAGGUCGUCUGCGCAUGAGGGAUCACAGUUUUUACCCGCAAGCGAAGAUGGGUAUUCGACAGCGGAUACUGCAGGAGUCCAGGUCUUCCCCGCAAGCGAAGACGUUUGGUUUACAUCAGACACUGAAGGGAUCCAGAUCAUCCCCGCAAGCGAAGAUGGUUACUCUACAGCGGAUGCUGAAGCUUAUGCAAGAGCUUCGUCCGAGGAAAAACGCGAAGAGUCGAUACGUCACAGCGAGCCACAAGAACGACGGAUUCCCUUUGGGGAAUCGUUUGCACAUACACGACGUCCAGACUCCGAGGCGAAGAGAAGCAGCAAUCCGACUGUCGAUACUGGUGUGCAUCGGCAGAGGUCAUCAGAGCGCGAUAGUAGUCCACGGCAACACGUUCCACCGGAUGAAGAUAGUAUACUCAAGAAGCUAGAAAACUUGCUUACAUCCAAGGAAGACGCAGAGAAAGAAGCUGCUGAGAAGGCGAGGAGAGAUGCAGAACUUGCAAAAUUCGACAGACUAGAGAAUCUGCUUAUAUCUCAGCAGGAGGCAAAGAUCGAAAAGGAAAAGGCAAAGAAAGAGGCUGCUGAAAAGUUGAAGGCGGAGAUGGAAGAAAGUCAAAUGGACAGGGUGGAAAAGCUGAUAAUGGCGCAACAGGAAGCGAAGGCUGAAAUAGAAAAGGCAAAGAAAGAGCAUGCUGAAAAGGCAAUAGCAGAUGCAAAAGAAGUGGAGAAAGCUAGAACAGCGACAUUCAUCUUCCAUGAUGCAGUCGGCCGCAAGUUCGAAUGCCCCUGGCGUUUGUGCAACACUUGGGAGGUGAGUAGUUCGCACACUUGCUUAGAGCUCGCAAGCUAA